ACAUAGAAACCUAGACUUAUCAUCAAUCAAUCCACGAAUCAACAGAUCUGACCACACAGCUGACUUGGCACGAAUUCAAUGAACUUGACAUUCGUGACAUGAGUCCAGUGCGGUAGAUCGACCAGGAUACACACAGCAUGGAAGCGAAAAAUGGAAACCAGAUUCUCCAAUCCAUCGAAACGAACGACGUAACUUACGAUUUUACCGCUACAACCUUUACCAAGACCUCACGGCUGGCCUUCACGGAUAAGCGACUUGAUGGCACCGACUUCACAUGGUUUAGAUCGUGGAAUCAUGAACGCAUUACGAAUGAGGCCGAAGCUCUGAAAAUAGUUUCACAUAAUACUACAAUCCCCGUGCCACAACUACUGGACUACGGAAGCUACCAGGAUGGUCGGCGAUACCUAGUCACAGAAUUCAUCGAGGGCAUCCGAUUAGACCAAAUUCGGCAUCGAGGCUGCCUAAUGCCAGAUGAGCAAAAACAUACAGACGACACAACAUGCGAACCAUGCUCGGCGCAAGCAUACUCCAAUGCCCUAGAAUUUAUCCAGAGAACCGUUUUGCCUCAGCUUGCAAACUUGAAGUCCAGAUCCCGAGAAAUUCUUGGAUUUGUCAUGCCGCCCUCGUGGAUGAGUCCUGACAUGGAGCCUCCGUGGAAAGGUAAGGUGAAAUGGGAGACCCUUCCCUUGAAAGAGCCGGGAUACACAUUCCAACAUGGUGAUCUUGCAGCACAUAACAUCAUAAUAGACCGGAAAACCCUUGAAGUCAAAGCCUUGAUUGAUUGGGAGCAUGCCGGAUAUUUCCCACCAGGAAUGGAAAGAUGGCCUGGAACGCUGGAUAAAGAUGCCUAUAUUAAGCGUGGUAAUCAUCUCGCCCCUGCAAUAGCACAAUUUCUUGCUAUAGAAUAUCUGGAAUGCUAUGAGAAAUGGAAGGACAAGGAAGAGUUGAAGGCAUUAAUAGAGCGUGGCGAACUUCCAGAUCCUGAUCAAGCAAGGCAGGUUCUGAAGGUUGUCAAAGAAAAAUGAGCACUCAUUUUCCGGCUGGGGCAUGGUUAUCCACUGCGAACUUCAAAAUCUAUCCG